AAACCCUUUCCGGGAGCCGGGGUAGCGAUUUCCGGCUUGCUGAAGAAAGUUGAGCAGGAGAGGUCUGCAGGUUCUUGGAUUCCGAAAAUGGACAGUCAAGGAAGGAAAGUGGUGGUUUGUGACAAUGGAACCGGGUUUGUGAAGUGCGGCUAUGCGGGCUCCAACUUCCCCGAGCACAUCUUCCCCGCGCUGGUGGGCCGGCCCAUAAUCCGCUCCACCGCCAAAGUGGGCAACAUCGAGAUCAAGGACCUGAUGGUGGGGGAUGAGGCGAGCGAGCUGCGGUCCAUGCUGGAGGUGAACUACCCGAUGGAGAACGGCAUCGUGCGGAACUGGGACGACAUGAAGCACCUGUGGGACUACACCUUCGGGCCCGAGAAGCUCAACAUCGAAUCGCGCAACUGCAAGAUCCUGCUCACCGAGCCUCCCAUGAACCCCACCAAGAACCGCGAGAAGAUCAUCGAGGUAAUGUUCGAGACGUAUCAGUUCUCUGGGGUUUACAUUGCUAUCCAGGCUGUUCUCACGCUCUACGCCCAAGGUCUCCUGACGGGCGUGGUGGUGGACUCGGGCGACGGCGUGACCCACAUCUGCCCCGUCUAUGAGGGCUUCUCCCUGCCCCACCUGACCCGGCGACUGGACAUCGCCGGGAGGGACAUCACUCGCUACCUCAUCAAGCUGCUGUUGCUGAGGGGCUACGCCUUUAACCACUCGGCGGACUUUGAGACGGUGCGCAUGAUGAAGGAGAAGCUGUGCUACGUGGGCUACAACAUCGAGCAGGAGCAGAAGCUGGCGCUGGAGACCACCGUGCUGGUGGAGUCCUACACGCUCCCGGACGGCAGGGUCAUCAAGGUGGGGGGGGAGAGGUUCGAGGCCCCCGAGGCCCUGUUCCAGCCCCACCUCAUCAACGUGGAGGGGGUGGGCGUGGCCGAGCUGCUCUUCAACACCAUUCACGCGGCUGACAUCGACACCAGGGCGGAGUUCUACAAGCACAUCGUCCUGUCGGGGGGCUCCACCAUGUACCCCGGCCUGCCGUCCCGCCUGGAGAGGGAGCUGAAGCAGCUGUACCUGGAGCGCGUGCUCAAGGGCGACGUGGACAAGCUGUCGAAAUUCAAGAUCCGGAUCGAGGACCCGCCCCGGCGCAAGCACAUGGUGUUCCUGGGCGGGGCGGUGCUCGCCGACAUCAUGAAAGACAAGGACAACUUCUGGCUGACGCGCCAGGAGUACGAGGAGAAGGGGAUGCGCGUUCUGGAGAAACUGGGGGUCACCGUCAGAUAAACCGGGGACACGCGGCCCCCCUCGGCCUCCCUUCACCCCCCCACCACCCCACCACCCCACCACACACCCAUCUGUCCGUCUUCCACCUCUUCUUUUUGUUCUUCUCUCGCUUAUUCCUUAGAACCACUCAUCCAUCGCGAGGAGAAAGAGAGAGAGAGGGAGGAAGGGAGAGAGGGAGGGAGGGAGGGAGGGAGGGGUGUGGCUUUGAGGCGGGGUUUAAGGGGGAGGGGAUUGGGAGGGUUCACUUGUGGGCCGGUUGGCGUGGUUACGACGGUUUUUUUUUUUCUUUUUCUUUUUUUCUCCCCGGGAAAGUUUCUAUUUUCUGCCCCCCCACUCGUAUCUAAAUGCCAAAAAUAAAAUGAAAUAAAAAGUUUUUUUAAGUAGAAAGUAAAGGAAGAAAAUCCACCUAGAAUAUGGUUUUGUGAUUAUUACCUCUGGCCCUGGCGUGCUGGAGGUGCCCCAGUAACGGCUUUCUCUAGGCAAGCUGCUCGCUGUCAGUGUUCUAGCCUUCUCUCUCUCUCUCUCUCUCUCCCUCCUCUUGUCCAUUCCUUUGCUUUUUACAGAAAUAUGUCUUUCUAGGAUAUUAUCUUGUGAGGCACUGUAGGAUAAGUGCCCCACUCACCCACACCCAGUGUUGUUGUUUGUUGAGGGGCAUGGGGGUGGGAACAUUGGUGUUGGUGGGGGUCAGAGGGCAUGUGGGUGUGGCCCAGCCGUUCUCUAGUCACAUGGUACACCCUUUCCCCGUGGCUGGGCCGGAGCGUACAGUCAGCUUCCUUGACUCUAAAUCGAUUGGAAUUCUCUUAGCUGUGCUCUCGCUGUCCCCUCCCAGUAAGAAGGCAUUUCAUUCCACGAGGGGGGAACCCGAGAGGCAUUCGGUUCCGGUCAGGACAUUUUUCUUUUUUUAUUUUUUAAUGCUGUUUUUUUUAUUUUUUAUUUUUUGGUGGGAAGGAGGGAGAGGUUUGCUUUCUUUCUGUUAGAUACUGAAUUGUUUUUUUUUCCUUGUGAUUUUUUUUUGUUUGUUUUAUUUUAUUUUUUUGCGUUUUUAUUUUUAUAGGAUUUUUUUUUUUUUUUUGCAGUGCAUUACUUCCAUUUUCUCUGCGCAAGAAUGUGUAGUCACAUGAUGUACGAUGACCACCGCUCCACACAGAGCUUCGGAUAAGUCCUCCCGUUUUACUGAGAAUGAAUCACCCUGAAUGAUGACACAGGGGUGUCCUGCUCUUAAAUCUAGUGACAUUAGUUUUUUUAUGUGGCGAGGGAGGGGUGGGGGUGUGGUUGUGGGAGGGGGGGGGGGGGGGGUGGCUAUGCGGGGGAAGUGUUUGUAAUAUUAAUAAGGAGUUGAUGUCAUUAGAGAAGGAGACAGUGUAAAAGCUGUUAUUUAAGUUCUUGGGCUCUCAUGUGUAUAUUGGAGUCACUUCAUGGUCUGUAUGUAUAUUUUCUUUACCCCCCAUAAAUGUUCAUCCAGUGCCAAGCGCAGUUAUUGUAACUGGAUUUGUUUUUUUUUUUUUUGGUUUUGUUUUGCUUGUUUUUGUUUGAUUCGUUUUUUGGUUUUGUUCAUAGCAAAACUGCCUAACGCUGAUUUAAAUAAAACAAAAGUGAUUUAUAAAUAA